AUGUCGUUCACGGAUCAAGAAUGGGACGAAAUAUCCCGAGACAUGCCAAAGGAGAGCGAUCCGUUCAUGCAAAAAUAUAUCGAGGGUCGUGAAGCACUCAUUUCGCAAGAGAAUAAGCAACGAACCGAUGCCUCGUUCAGACAUAGUCUCUCUCCAAUCGCCACACGCGCCUGCGCCAUCGUGGACCGCAUUCGCGAUGAGGAGAAGAACACCGUCUGGACGCCGCAGCUCGAGGACUCGCUGGCUAAGGAGACAGAGAACGUCACCGUGCACCCGGGCAUGAUGUUUUCGCUGUCCAAGGACCGUAUGGAGGGGACCAAGCUGUGGAAUAUCGUGCGGCGCAUGCCCAAGGGCGCUCUGCUCCACGCCCACAUGGACGCAAUGGUUGACUUCGACUACUUGUUCGAAGUCCUAUUCGCUACACCUGGAAUGCACAUCCUGGCGGACGAGCCGCUGACCACACCAAAAGCACGCGAGUACGCUCGUCUCCAGUUCCGCUUCUUCAAGCAGGCGCGCACCGAGGGCGAUAUCUGGAGCGACGGCUACAAGGAGAUGACCCCCAUCCUACUCACGCAAGCGGCAGACGCCUUCCCCGACGGCGGCAAGGCAGGGUUCCUGAAAUGGCUCUACGGGCGAAGCACCAUUUCACGCACCGAGGCCGUAGAGCAGCACCGCGGCGUAGACCACAUCUGGCGGAAGUUCUUGAUGUGCUUCCGCGUAAUCAACAGCAUUGUCCACUACGAGCCCAUCUACCGCGCCUUCCUGCAGCGGCUGAUGCACCUGUUGAAGGCCGACGGCAUCAACUGGGCCGAGCUGCGAUUCUCUUGGGCAUUAGACUACUACAAGCAGGGCAGCGAGACCCCCGAGCAGGACUUCAGCGCCAUGAUGGACGUCAUCGACGAGGAGGUUGCGAAGUUCAAGGCCACCGAGGAAGGGCAGGGGUUCUGGGGUCUGCGCACCAUCUGGGCUACCCUGCGAUUCUUCCCGACCCGCGAUAUCAUCCAGGACAUGGAUUACUGUAUCACGACAAAGAUCACGCAUCCCCACCUUGUCGCGGGCUACGACCUGGUCGGCCAAGAAGACGCCGGGAAACCCCUGCGUGCCCUGCUUCCCGAGCUCUUCUGGUUCCGCAAGCAGUGCGCCGAGGAGGGCGUCGACAUCCCCUUCUUCUUCCACGCGGGCGAGUGUCUGGGGUCCGGCAGCGAGACGGACCACAACCUCUUCGACGCGAUCCUGCUGGGCACACGGCGGAUCGGCCACGGGUUCAGUCUGUACAAGCACCCGCUGCUCAUCGACCUGGUCAAGGAGAAGAAGAUCCUGGUCGAGAGCUGCCCCAUCUCCAACGAGGUGCUGCGGCUGUGCGGGUCCGUCAUGUCGCACCCGCUGCCGGCGCUGCUCGCGCGCGGCGUGCACUGCUCGCUGUGCAACGACGACCCGGCCAUGCUGGGCCAGGACACGGCCGGGAGCACCCACGACUUCUGGCAGGCGUUGCAGGGCUGGGAGAACCUCGGGCUCGCCGGGCUGGGCAGCCUCGCCCACGACAGCGUCCGCUGGGCCGCGUUCGAGGACCAGACCGCCGAGGCCUGGAGCCGCGACGUCAAGGAGGCCAGCGUCGGCGGUGGCGUCAAGGCCCAGAGGAUCAAGGAGUGGGCGGUCGAGUGGGAGCGCUUCUGCCUGUGGAUCGUGGACGAGUUUGGCAGCGAUGAGGCGGACCAGUGA